AUGUUUUUUGCUGCUGCCUGUGGUGACAGCAGCACCAAAGCCGUUGACAACUCUGACUUUGAUCUACCAGAUCUGCAGGGGGAGACCAUAGAGGAGCAUUUUAUGAACAUUGGCGAGGCUGUGGCUAAGCCUUACUUGGGGCUGGCUAGCGAGUUUGCAAGGGUGAAGGAUAAGAAGAUGCCGCGGUUGCCUGAGAACAGCGAAUGGAUAAUGCAGGCCGGGUGGACAAAGUAUUCCGCAGAUGGAUCGCACACGAGGGUGGUGGUCCAGGACUCGCCUUUCCCCGUAAUGGCCGCCGCGGCAUCAGUCUCCGCCUGGUAUUUCUGGGUCUCGCCGUACCUCUCGGGUGACUCUCCACACCCUCGCCAUCUCAUCCCACUUAUGAACCCAGGCCAGCAUCAGAAGCAGCAGCCGCGCCUGGUGAUUGGCCACAACAUUGGAUACGACCGGGCGCGCAUCCAAGAAGAACGCCUGCUCAAGCGGCCACCAAUUGCAUUCUCGACACCAUGUCCCUGCACGUCUCUGAGAUCAACGUGGAUUCGCUACUCCAGGGCCAAAAAGGACAACGACCAGGAGUAUUUGCAGCUCAAUGCCGACACAGAAAAGUUCUUUGACGUCAGCUCGCUCAACAGCCUGCGCGAGGUCGCUCAGCAUUACUGCAAGAUUACCAUGGACAAGAGCAAGCGCGAUGUCUUUGUCGACGGCACCAUCCAGGAUGUGCGCAAUGACUUUGCGCAGCUUGCCGGGUACUGCGCCCGCGACGUCGACACCACUUGGCGGGUGUACUCCAAGGUUUUCCCGGCGUUCCGCAAAAAAUGCCCGCACCCUGUGUCCUUUGCUGGCAUGCUCACCAUGAUCGAGGGAUAUCUUCCGGUGGACCGCUCCUGGCCCGAGUAUGUCAAGCGCAGCGAAGAACUGCUGGCCAAACUGUCCGACGCUGUCAGCGUGAAGAUUCGCGAGCUGGCCGAGGAGGCGCUCAAGGCUGAGUCGCCGAUGGAUGACCCCUGGCUGAAGAACCUCGACUGGACUGCAGUCCCACAAAAGUACACGCGGGCCGUGUACAAGGUUGACGGGUCGUACGCGAAGGGCGGCGAGCCACGACCGUACACCAACCAGGUGCUGCCGGGGUACCCCCAGUGGUACCGCGAUCUGUGGGACACUAAGCUCAAGCGCAUCCAUAUCACCGUACGCUCGCGCCUCGCGCCCUACUUGCUUAAACUCAAGUGGCUGGGAUACCCGCUGUACCACUCAUCUGCUCACGGUUGGACUUUCCGCGUGCCCAGUGCCGACUACCACCGAUCCCUUGAGGACAAGCCAUCCGAUACCCAGCUGGGGCAGCCAAACUUUAAAAACAUGCGCAAGCUUUCAUUUCCCACUGACCCAGAGCAUGCCGACUACGAGUCGAUCCCAGUCGCGGAUGUUGAUGGGGUGUACUUUAAGGUGCCGCAUUCCGACGGGCCCGACGCAAACUGCGGCAGCCCCCUGGCCAAGGGGUACCAGACGGCCAUCGAGGACGGCACGUUAUCCUCGUCCUACGCGAUGGCCAAACAGGCGAUGGAUAUGAAUGCUAUGUGCUCGUACUGGAUGAGUGCGCGCGAACGGGUAAAGUCGCAGUUUGUUGUGCCUGCCAAGAAAGACGGUGAGGAACUGGGCAUCAUUUUGCCGAUGGUGGUUCCAAUGGGCACCAUCACCAGGCGCGCAGAGCUCUGGAUAUCAGCACUCAUCGGUGACUCGCAGUUCCGCACUCAUGGCGCAACGGCAUUUGGGUGGAUGACCUUGCAGGGCACAAAGGCCGCCGGCACUGACCUCCACUCAAACUCUGCGCGCAUCCUGGGUAUCGGCCGCGGCAGUGCCAAGAUCUUCAACUACGGGCGCAUCUACGGCGCCGGUGUCAAAUACGCGACGACUCUGCUUUUGCGAUUCAACCCCGACAUGACCGAGACAGAGGCCCUCGAAAAGGCCAACCGCCUGUACGCGUCGACGAAGGGAAAUAGCAUGCGCAACCGAAAGUUUUUCGGCCGCCCCUUUUGGCACGGCGGCUCCGAGAGCUACAUGUUUAACCAACUCGAGGCCAUUGCAACCUCAGACGACCCGCGCACGCCGGUCCUCGGCUGCGCGAUCACCGAUGCGCUGAAAAAAAGCAUUGCCGGCAGCCGUUUUAUGACGUCUCGCGUCAACUGGGUAGUGCAGAGCUCGGGCGUCGAUUAUCUGCACAUGCUCUUGGUCUCCAUGAGCUAUCUCGCCCGACUCUACCGCAUAGACAUGCGCUUUGUCAUCUCAGUCCACGACGAGGUCAGGUACAUGGUGGCCGAGCACGAUGUCCACCGGGCCGCCCUGGCCUUGCAGAUAUCCAACCUUUGGGUGCGCUCACUGUUCAGCUACCGCAUGGGCAUGGAGGAUUUGCCCCAGAGUGUGGCUUUUUUCUCCGCCGUCGACGUCGACCACGUUUUGCGCAAGGAGGUCGACAUGGAUUGUCUGACGCCCACAAACACCACGCCAAUUCCGCCAGGCGCAUGCUACACCAUCUCGGACACCCUGCGCUUGACCAACGGCGGCCGCCUGGAUUCGCCAAACAGUUUAGUUCAAACUGGUCGAUUACCCAACUCUCGCAUCGGAAGGGGCGGUAAUGCCACGGAAGGACACUCAUCUACAUUGCCGCUGACAGCUAUCGACGAAAAGAACCAGCCCGAUUCGAUCUGGUUGACCGCACAAAUGCUAGGCAGCUUCCCCGAGAUCAAAAAGCUCAUUGGCGCGGCGGAGCGUGAUGCUGUCGUUCAAAACUACUGGGCGACAUCACCAGAGAUUAAGCGAAACAAAUCGUUCGGGAGCUGCUCUGAAACUAAGCGCAUAGUUAGAAAGGCAAAGCAAAAAAAGAUGUAAAAAUAA